CAGCCAGUAACGAGUUGAAUGUGGCUCAAAACGCUUCGGUGAACUGGCUAGCGUACAACGUUAAAAAUUUCAAAACGGAUAAAAAUCACCUUUUUAAAAAAAUUGUAAAAAUUGCAUAAAUAAAUCCAAAUAUCAAGUGUCCGGAAAUGCUUAAUAGCAACGCGUGAAACUGUGCAAAAUCCAAAAGGGAAAUCAAAGAAAACGCUGUGACUCUUGGCCAAGAUAAACUCGUUUGCACCAAUACACAUGUGACUAGGCAUAAAGGCAACAAAAAAUACUCAGACUCCAGAAGCCAACAAUUAAAAGAGAAGUCAGAAAACGUUUGGGCCGCGUUGUUGGUGUAUGAAUCACACUUUGGAUACGUUUAAAAAUAGCAAAACAAAACCUUCCGAGGAGGAAGCCCUGCUUAUGUAAACUGCGCUCAACCGUAGCUGAAAUAUCGAAAAAGUUUAGUAUCGGAAAUUCAACCAAUAACAUAAGAUACCUCAAAUGUCGGCCAGAAAAAUGAGUGCCCUAUCGCUGUCCGUUGGCGGGAUACCUCUGAUACCAAGCUUUUCCCUGGUGGCAGCGGCCAACGGAGGCAGUAAGGACUGCCACGGAAUGGUUUGCCAUCCGGUGAAUGAAUUUUGCUAUGUUGUAACGGAGAAUUGUCACCCUUGCACCUCGGUCUGCAACAAUCAAACCCACAACUACGAUGAGACAUUGUGCCUAAAGGAAUGCUCAGCUUACAAUACAUUCGAGCCGCUGAAGGCGGAGAUGCUAGACAUCCAACACACCCAACGUUUGAUCAUUAUUUUGCUGACCAUCCUACUCGUCCUGAUCGCCAUUCGCUAUGUCUUCCAAUUCCUUCGAUGGAUGGUAGGCAACUGGUGCUUCCAGAAGCUAAUGCGCCGUCUGCAAAAAAAGGCCUAUCCUCACCCGGUGACGGAGAAUGGGAAGGACCUCAACGCCACCACCAUCCAGAACAUGAAUGCCAUCAACCGCCAUGGCAGCGACCUUGAGAGGGCGCAAUCGCAGAUCUACAGUGUGGCAGGUGUCGCCGAGGGUUCCGUUGUGACCAUGACAACGCCGGUGAGCACUCGCUAUCCGGCGGAGAACAGUACCACGCCCACUACGGUUAUGACGGACAUCGGCUAUGGUUACGACAAUCAGGCCAUGGUCGUAACGCCGAUUUCCGAGAAACCCUCAACGACGACAGCUCCCGUCGCUUUCUAAAGCCAUCUAAACACUUAAAAAUAACUCUUGAGCCUAAAUCAGUCCAGCGAAAGCGAAAAGUACACCACAUUGAAACUAGUGAUAUUCUUGUAAUUUGUAAAGCAAAUUUACACUCUUUUUAUACACAAAAUCGUAUAGAUUUUAAUAUUUUUAUGAACUAGUUUAUUUGAAUGAAUUUUAUUAGUUAAUUUUACGCCUUACGUUCUACGUCUACCAAUGCGGCCUGAAAUACUUAAUUAAAUACAAACUGUAUAAAAUGCACUAUUAAUUUAAGUUAAUAUUUAAAUUGAGUUAAGAUUUUAAUUGUACUUCGGAUUCAGACAAGUUUAAUCAAUGAAUAUGUGUAUUUGUUUUCAUAGCAAUUAAUGAAACGUGGUCAGAUUUAUUACUUGAUUUUCGCAUUUUAUAUUUAGUUUUCCAUUUUCCUUAAAAAAAACUAUGCUCUUACAUCACAAAAUAAUAUUUGACGGCACAUUAUCAUUAUUUUCAUUGAGACUAAAAUAUAAAACUAGAAUUACUCACCCAUCUUCCAUCCGGCCAAACAGAUAUCGACAAAAAAAAAAUUAACAAAACCUAAAAAAAUGUAAGAUGUUAAAUAAAACAACGGAUUACGCUUAAGUGUACUGUCAUUUAUUGUAAAAAGUAUUCCGCGUUGGCAAACACAAUUCUUAGGCUAAGUUAAGUUGGCUUUUUGAGUAUAACUCUUGUUUUCGUCCUUAAGGCUAAUCGUUUGUAUAUGACACGCCAGAUAUGUAUGUAUGCUUCUCCACAUAAUAUUAUUAAUGUUUUGCGUAUAAAAUGCUUAACUUUUGCUAACGAAUCUCAUAAAUCAGCCUUAAACGUAAGCUUACACUUAAAUAAAUAACCUAGGACUAAUUCCGAUCCAAUUGGAAAUAUAAAAAGUAUAUAUUUUGA